AUGCAGGUACCGGACACGGUGCAGGUGCCUAUCACGAAUAGUCAAGAGCCUUUCUCGCUAAUAUCGACAUCGAUUUGCCAUGAAGAUGUAAUGCGAUUGACAUAUGCGAUGACAAUUUACGUUCGUCAAAGUUUAGGGUCAUUCACCAUCGCGUAUACAGCUGCCUGCACGAUAACAGAAGUCGCCCAACGUAAAGCUAGGGGACAUCAAUGUACCAUAGCUAAUCGUGCGUAUCGUAUGGUUAAUUUCAAAUUAUAG